GAGCUAUCAGCUCAGCUUGGUAGCAAGACGCUGGCAACAGGCACGCUCCCUGCUCCAGUUCAGCCUGCACGCUCCACCACCACCAUGGUUGCCGUGCCCACCGCCUGGUGCUCCAUCGCUCUAGCCCUGCUCGUGGCCCUGCACGAAGGCAAGAGCCAAGUCGCUGCCACCCCAACUCCAGAGCAGCCAGCACCCUCGCCCCGUGCCCGAGGCUCCCACCUGCGGCCUCGCCGUUGCUCCUGCAGCUCCUGGCUCGACAAGGAGUGCGUCUACUUUUGCCACCUGGACAUCAUCUGGGUGAACACUCCCGGACAGACAGCUCCUUACGGCCUGGGAAACCCGCCAAGACGCCGGCGCCGCUCUCUGCCAAGGCGCUGUGAAUGCUUCAGUGCCAGGGACCCCGCCUGUUCCACCUUCUGCCAUGGAAGGCCCUGGACUGAAGCCAUGGCAGUCCCAGGCAGUGGGUCCCCUGCAGAUGUGUUCCAGGCCAGCAAGACAUGGGCCCCAGCUGGCGAGCUUCUUCAGCAGCUGAGGGAUAUUUCUGCUGCCAAGAUCCAUUUUGCUAGGCAACAGCCAGAGGGAAUGAGGGAGCCCAGGCCUACACACUCCAGGUGGAGGAAGAGAUAGUUCUGGAAACUGGAGGAACUUUGGGAAGGAAGCCUGAGUGGAGAUGGGAGGAGAGGGGCAUCCCAGUGCUUGGAGACCCUCCAUCUGUUUCCUGGGCCAGAAAACCCACCUGCCGGGAUUGGUGCGAGCUCCGGCCUCCUCACCCUGGAGAAGGAGCCUCCUUCAAGGCAGCUCAGUGCCCUCACACUGCCCAGGAAAGCCUUCAGCCCCCAGGCUGCAGAGCGGCCUCUCACGCUGGCCCUGGCCCCAUAGCCCUGCUGAAAGGAACGUGUGGGGCGUGCACCAGCCUGGAGGCCACGUCCGGAGAGGUGUCGUGUCUGUUGGCCGCAAACCAGGAGUGAUGUGCAGUGGUGGUUGCUCCCACCUACGCCUGCCCUGGAGGCUGGAUGGGUCUGCCCGGGUCUGAUGUCCCAGUCGGCCCCCAUCUGUCCCCUCCAGCUCUCCCUCCCCAGAGUCCUUGUACCCUUUUACCCUGGGGACACUCCUGGUGAGAUGGGCCUACUCUCCUUCACUUGUCUGUAUAUAACUUAUUUGCUUUAAGAACUUGGAAAAUUUUGAUUAUUUAUUUUAAUGUAUUUUUUUAGACUCUCAGUUACUUACCUGCCAAUUUGUGUUUGUAAUAAACAAUGAAAUGGUA